UUCGCAUGCCUCUCGUGAAAGCGACGUGAAACCUGAAAAGCAUCUGAAUUACAGUUAUUAACUUGAUAGUUACCUACUUUACUGACUUAGUUCAGCCCAAAUCCACACGUAUCCGAGUUAAGAAUAAGUAAAGUUGGCGGUGUACGAAUAGUCGCGCUAUUUUUUGUUUUUUACUUGGUUGUGUCUUACUUUGAACCCGGAGUAUUGUGGACUCCUGACACACACACUUCAACAUGUCUUCUGCAGAAUCCGCGGAGGAUGAGAACACCUUCAAGAUCCUGUUGGCAACUGAUAUCCACCUGGGCUUCCUGGAGAAAGACCCAAUCAGAGGGGACGACACCUUCAACACCUUCAAUGAGAUCAUGAGCUACGCCCAACAACACCAGGUGGACUUGGUGUUGUUGGGGGGAGAUCUGUUCCAUGAGAAUAAGCCUUCACGCAAGUCCCUUCACUGCUGCAUGGAGACGCUGAGGAGAUACUGCAUGGGUGACCAGCCAAUCGGGUUCCAGAUCCUCAGCGACCAGGCCGUCAACUUUGGAAACAGCAAGUUUCCCUGGGUGAACUAUCAGGAUGAGAACCUCAACAUCUCCAUCCCCGUCUUCAGCGUUCACGGAAACCAUGACGACCCUACAGGGGUGGAUGGCCUGUGUGCUCUUGACGUGUUGAGCGUCGCUGGGCUAGUGAAUCACUUUGGGCGGAGUCAGUCUGUGGAGCGAAUCGAGAUCAGCCCCGUGCUGCUGCAGAAGGGCUCCACCCGCAUCGCUCUCUACGGCAUCGGGUCCAUUCCUGAUGAGCGUCUCUACAGGAUGUUCCUAAGCAACCAGGUGUGCAUGCUGCGGCCAAGAGAGGACGAGGGCCAGUGGUUCAACAUGUUUGUCAUCCACCAGAACCGGAGUAAGCAUGGUGCGACCAACUACAUCCCGGAGGCCUUCCUGGAUGACUUCCUGGACUUGGUGGUGUGGGGCCACGAGCACGAGAACCGCCUGGAACCAGAACGCAACGAGCAGCAGCUGUUCUACGUCACGCAGCCAGGAAGCAGCGUCGUGACAUCACUGUCGCCGGGAGAAGCCGUACCCAAGUGUGUAGGGCUGCUUCGUGUGAACGGCCGUAAGAUGAAGCUCCAGAAGAUUCCGCUGCAGACGUCUCGGCGUCUCUACAUGCAGGACGUGUGUCUGUCCGAACUCACAGAACUCUUCACCCCACACACACCCAACGUCACACAGCGCACCAUGGCCUACUGUCAAGAAAAGGUGGAGGAGAUGCUGGAUGAAGCGGAGCAGGAGCGGGUUGGGAAUCCACAGAUGCCAGAGAAACCCCUGAUACGCCUACGGGUGGACUACAGUGGAGGGUUUGAGAUGUUCAAUUCGUCGCGUUUCAGCCAGAAGUUUGUGGAGCGCGUUGCCAACCCCAAAGACAUCAUACACUUCAUCAGAACAAAACAACGCCGAGAAGAAAACAAGGAUGAGCUGGAGGAGGAGCUGGACUUUGAGGCGCUCAUGAGCAGGGCGUCCGACCAGCUGAGUCUCCGGGUGGAGGAUCUCGUCAACCAGUACUUCCAGUCCUCAGAGAAGGGUCUGUCUCUGCUGUCGGAGCAGGCUAUGGGCAAGGCAGUGCAGGAGUACGUGGACAAAGACGAGCGCUACGCCAUCGAGGAGAUGAUCAAGUUCCAGCUGGAGAAGAGCCAGCAGCACCUACGACAGAGAGCAGUCGAACCCACAGCAGAACACAUAGACCAGGAGAUCAACCGUUUCAGAGACACUAAGAAGAAUACAACAGAGGUGGAAGACGAUUUACAAGAGGUGAUGAGUAGGGCCAAGGCUCUGCGGACUCAGAAUGCUGACGACGAUAUGGACGAGGACGCCGGCCAAUCAGACGAGGCUCCUAAAGACGUUGCCAUGGAUUCAGAUGAGGAGGCCUCCACUGCCCCGCCCACUCGGGGAAGGGGACGGGGCUCCCGAGGAGGCAGAGGAACCGGAACCAGGGCGAGAGGGAGAGGGAGAGGCGCCACAGGUCGUGGUCGAGGACAGAAUGCACCUAUUCAAAGUCCCGUCAAGACCAAGCACAUCAUGGAUGCUUUCCAGAAACCCUCAAGAGCUGCAGCUGCUAAACGUGAUGAGGUAAUCAUUGAUGAUGAUUCUGAUGAAGAGGUCUCCUUUGUGUCAUCCAAAUCAAAAAGGACAACAUCUGUGACAUCAUCACGAGGGCGGAGCAGCUCACAGAGUCAAUCUCAGAGAGGAAUCAACUUUGAUGAUGAUGAUGAGGAGGAGUUUGACCCGUUUAAGAGCAGCAGCAGGCGUGGACGCAGAUGACGACCUGCAAGGAUUUCUGCUGACGACACGCACCUCAGGAUGUGCAUGUGUGUGUGUGUUCUUGUUCUAUGUAUUUUUCUGUAUUCAUACUGUAUGUGUGUUCAGACAUCCAUCCACUCCAAAUAAACAUGAGAAGCAUA